UCCCCCAGUUAUUUUCCUCUUUUCUUGGAAAGCCAUUUCCAAUUAAGGGUGGAGAACCGAGAGGUGCCAGACAGAAGUCGGAAUUCUAUGCGAUUUGGCGUUUCUCCGACGUGUGUCCCCAGAGUAGCGUGGAGACGGAGCAGCGCGAGGCAGCGAGGGUCUCCUCCCCUUCCCGCUCCUCUCGGGAGCAUCUUAGCGCCAGCCGCCGACUGAGGACCAACAGCUUUGGAAUGUCUGAGGGUUCAAGGGCUCUGUGAGCCAGAAUCACAAAAGGACAACCUGUAAACCCCAAGCUGAGAAAGUCAUCAUUUCAGGUCUCAUAUUAUCUCAGGAAUUGGGGUAACUGAUGGACCACUUGAUAUUUCACAGGACACUUCUCUGCGUAGCACUAUGUUUUGGUCUGUUUCACAAUCAAGGCAACCAGGUGUUUGAACCAACAAACCUUAGGAUUUACCCAAAUAAUUCUGUUCAGCAACUGUUACUGGAAUGGGAUGUUAAUGAUUACUCUGAAGCAUAUAAUUCCGAAAUAAAAAUUAUUUUUAACAUUCAAAUCCGUUUAAAAGAAGAAGAUAGGAUUAUUUUGAAUGUGAAUCAUACAACAGUUCUCAAUAAAUCAAGACAACAUUACCAACAGAGGUUGUUCUCCGAUGUACCCUUGGAGUGUGAAACUCAUGAAGCCAGAAUAAGGAGCAAAGUGACUAAAAUUUGGAGUAACUGGAGUGAUUGGAGGGCAGCAAAUGGCCCAGAUGCUCUCAGUGGUGACAAAAUUUACAUCUUCCCUGAAUACAAAGCAGUUGAACGAGGUUCCAAUUUCACAUUUUGCUGCAUUGCAAAGAAAAAUGAAUAUGUAACUAGUUUUUCAAUUCACAACCACAGGGAAAAUGUGUUGACAAAACAGCAACGGCUAAUAUUUACUAGAAAUGUUACCUUUUCAUUCCCCAGUCGCAUUCAAGUCGCUUGUGGUUUUUCUAACACGCUUGAUAACAAUUCAACUUAUCUCUACCUCACUAGGCAGCCUGAUAAACCCCGAAAUCUAAGCUGUGAAACUGAAGACAUGAUUAAUAUUACAUGUACUUGGGAUCCUGGAAAUAUGGAGUCGGACAAUGAUGUUAAGUCAGUGUGUCCAGCAAAGUUUAUUUUGUCUGAUACCUCUUCUACAAAAACGUAUUGCAGUUGCAUUGCAGAUUGCAAAAACAGCUGUUCAUUCAAGAUGGGCCACCAAUCCAUAUACAAUGUAAGCUUGAUUUCCAAAAAUUGCCUUGGGCAGAAACAAGAGUAUCUUAGUUUUGAUGUAAACUACAGAGUUCGUCCUGUAGUUCGUAGCAACCUAUCAGUGGAUGAUCAAAAUGCUACUUUCAUGCAGUUAUCAUGGCGUGUAAAGCCAAUAAACGGAAACCCAUUGUUGUUAUGCCAGAUCCAUGCUGCAUAUGCUGGUGGGAAUAAGCAGUACAGUAUCACAGUGCAGUCCAAUCCAGAUUUCCAUCCUCACAUCAAACUGGGUGGAUUGCAGCCUUACACAAGCUAUACAUUAAAAGUACGCUGUGCUACAGCUGUCGAUCCCUUCUGGAAAUGGAGUGAAUGGAGCCAGAGUAUACUUGCCAAGACUCCUGAAUCUGCUCCGUCAGGAUUGCUUGAUAUCUGGAGAAUUGUUAACCAAAGCUUGGAGCAGCGUAGUGUAACUAUAUUCUGGAGGGAAUUGCCAGGAUUUCGUGCUAAUGGUAACAUCAAAACCUAUGACCUAUUCUGGGAAAACUUAGAGGAGCCUUCAGUGCAGCGUCACAAUUACUCAAUUUCUGCGCCACAGAACUGCACAACAAUUUCCCUUGGCAGCCAUUCUUACAAAAUCCUCGUCUGGGCCAGGAAUGCUGCGUUUGCAUCCUCUCCCUCUGGGAUUAUGAUCCCAGCAACCGACAAGAAUGGUAACGUGCAUUAUACUGACGAAAGCACAAUCAACAAUACAGCAGAUAGUAUUUAUAUUUCUUGGAAGCCUCAAAGCAAGUUCAAUCAGUAUGUUGUUGACUGGUGCAACCAGCCCAAAUAUCACCCGUGUGAUUUUCAGUGGAUGAAGUUUGGGCAAAAUGACUCCAAUGCUUUCAUUACAUCUGAUGCCUUCAGACCUGGAAUAAGAUACACUUUUAGUGUGUAUGGAAUGCAUGGUGAUAAAAGUUGUUUACUGGAAAAGAAGGUUAAAUACCUUAAAGAAUUGGAACCAACAGAAUACCUCUCAUUUAAUAUAAGUACAAUAACUGCGGAUUCAUUAACAGUAACUUGGAAACGUUAUGAUCAAGAAUUCAACUUCGGCUUUAUUAGAGGUUACGUAUUUUACAUGAAAAUGAAUAAUCAAAGCUGUACGGUACAAGGAUUCGAACCAUUUAUACAUACAGAUAAUCAAGUGAUAUGCAGUUACAAAAUUAAAAAAACAAACCAAACUGAAUUCACAGUGAGACAGUUGGAGCCCAGCACAACAUACUUAUUUGCACUUCAGGCUUACACUGUCAAACCUGAAUAUAUUGGCAGUGACAACUUUACUAGAGCGACUACACAAGCUGAUAGUAAGUCAUGGUUUUCCCAUCUACUUCAGCUACUAGUGAUUACUCCAUUAGUGCUGAUAAUGUGUGUGUGUUUCUGGAGAAGUAAUUGCAUGAGGAAUUGUUUGUAUCCUGCAGUACCCCAUCCUAAAGUGACCCCAUUUUUGAAGAUGAGUCCUGGAAUAAUAGACAUCCAUGAUACAAUUCCUGACCAAUUAGUUGUGCUGGAGAAGCAUCAAGGGUCCAGUGGCAAACAAUCUACUCUGGGAAUGAUAAUAAUGGAAAAUUUGCCUUAUUUUCAAUCCACCUAUUACCCAGAACUACAAAUGGAAGAGAGAACAAACCAGAAAUUCAACUCAGGUCUAACCGCGUACAAACCUCUCCAAGACUUUGGUUUCACAAGUAGGCCCAGCACACCACAAACAAAAGAACAUUCAAAAGACAAUUUGAAUUACCUCUAUCGAACGGAAUUGCCUCCCUCUAUGGCCCAGGAAAUGGAUUCCACUUCUGUACAUUGGAAAGAUUACAGACCUCAGUGUAGCACAACUUCCUGAAGAAAUACAUCACUAUCAGAUUAAAAUGUAUGUUAGCUACUAAAUUCAUUUCAGUUCACUAGGAGCAGCUUCUAAAUAAAUAGGAGAUGUGAUUGCUUGGCACUAUAAUAUCUGAACAUAAACUAAUGUAAAUGGGGGAAAAUCUGAAAAGAUAGGACAGCCUCUUGUGUUGACUUUGAUGCCAUUUGAUGCCAAAAGUGGAGACAACAUGCAGUAAUAAGGGAACUGCAUACUUGACAAGAAAAAGAACGUGUCCCUCAUGUCUUGAAUGUGCAACAAGAUGUACAGGAUUGCACCAUUUCUAGACAAGAAAAAAUAAUAUUAAAAAAAUCACUUGACUUAAAAUGAUUUGAU